CCCCGAAGUGUGCCUCACUUCACAUUGCUCCAUUGUCAAAUUUUCCUGCGUCCGAGCUUUUCUCUCAAAAUAAUUAAAAUAAUUAACUUGUUGUAAUACAAAUAAGUGAUAUUUUAGAAUUAAUCAAAAUUAGCAGCAACACAUCAGUAACAUAACGGCAAUGGUCAUGGACGCAUCUCCAUCUCCCCAAUCUGUUGGACGUGAGUUUGUGCGCCAAUACUACACGCUCCUGAACAAGGCGCCGAACCAUCUGCAUCGCUUCUACAAUCACCAAUCGAGCUUCGUGCAUGGCGGUCUUGAGCCCAAUAAUCGCGAGACGACCCUGGUGAUUGGACAGAAGCAGAUCCAUAAUCGUAUCCAGCAGCUCAAUUUCCGCGACUGCCACGCCAAGAUCAGCCAGGUGGACAGUCAGGCGACCCUGGGGAAUGGCGUUGUGGUUCAGGUGACUGGAGAAUUGUCCAAUGAUGGUCAACCGAUGCGACGUUUCACGCAGACUUUUGUCCUGGCCGCCGAGACACCCAAGAAGUACUAUGUUCACAAUGACAUCUUUCGCUACCAGGACGUUUAUUCUGACGACGAGGCAGAUGCCGAUAGUGAACGUUCUGAGAAUGAUGCCGAUGCCGAUGGGACAACUGUGGCGGGUGGAGUUGAGGAACCAGCUGCUGGGGCUGCUAUUCAGCAACCACAACCGCCCAUUUACUAUCCUCUGGUCCAACAGGGUGGCACUUCGGGACUGCAGCAAAUCACGCAAACGGUCCAGAUGAAUGGAGUGGUACACGAUGAGGGAUUGCUCCAGAGUCUCCCGUCGGCCACUCUCCUGCCCGUGUCACCAACGUCGGGAACCGUUGCAGGAACACCUUUGGUGGCUCCAACUGCCAAUACGGGCGUUCUGCCACUGGAUCCGACUGUGGCUCAAGGAACAAUGCCUCUGACUCCGAAUACCGGCAAGGACACCAACACCAUCCAGUUGCCCACUGUCGCUGAGGUGAGCGCCAUCGAAGCGGCCGAAAAGGCUAAAGCGGUGGCUGCUGCAGCUGCAGCGGCAGCAGAGGAACCGGUCAAGGAUCAGGGUAAGGAUGAUGCAAAGGACGACAUGACGCCACGAGUUAUGCAAACUGAGACGACCUACGCGAAUCUGGUGAAGUCCGGUGGAGGUCCCCCGGGUGGUCUUUCCUUCGCCUCGGCUAUGGCUCACGCUGGUGCCGGUGGUGGUCCUCAUGGGCCCCUGGGCGGAGUUCCUCAGCCCAGUGUUCCCGUGAACCUCCAGCGACAUGUUACGUCACCGCCUCCGGGAAAGUAUGACGGCAGCAACAGUGGUGGGGGCUACAGGGGCAGUGGGGAGCGUGAUAUGGGUCCAGGGGGUGGAAUGGGAGGACUGCCACAGCGUCAGGGUGGAAAUGUACCACCGAGACCGCUGCGUGAAAGGAGGAGCAGCAAUACGAAUCAGGGCUCGUAUUCAGACAUGCAGCAGCUCUUCCUCGGCAAUAUUCCCCAUCAGGCCACUGAAGAGGAUCUAAGGCCGCUGUUUGCCAAGUACGGUCAAGUACUGGAACUUCGGAUUCUCAGUAAGACCAACACACCCAAGAUCAUCGGAAGGGCUCCGCCUCCAAAUUAUGGCUUCAUCACCUUUUCUGACCCAGACGCCGCCACAAAUUGCCACAACGAGAAUAACGUCGUCUAUCAGGACGGUUCUCCGGAUGGCCAGAAGCUCAAUAUCGAGCUGAAGAAGACGAAGCCCCGUGGGGAACUUGGGGGCAGCGGAGAUCGCGACAGGCGCGUUAUGGGCGGCGGAGGAAUGGGAUCUGGCAAUGGGACACGAUCAAGUAUGAACAGUGGUGGACCGGGUGGUCUCGGAGGUGGCAACAACCUCAGGGGCUCCAAUAAUCCCAUGAUGCGCCCAGGAGGAAAUCGCAGCCUCGGGAGCAACAGUGGAAUGCGUGGAAACAGCUUCAAUCGCUCUGACCGAAUGCCGAUGGGUCGAGGUGGUGACCAGGAUCGUUCCUCAGCACCUUUGGGCAGUUCUGGAGGAAACUCCACCUAUGGAAGGCGCUAAGGAGAGUGGUGAGACAGAGAGAGAGAGAGGGAGAAAGACGAAGGGAGAGUGAGUGAGCAAGAGGAAGAAAGAUGCCCCGUGAGAAAUCUUUUUCUUAAUUUAAUGAGCAACAAAAAAAAGAGAAAAAAACAAUUGAGAGAAAAGUAGCAGGAACUGGUGAGAGAAAAUUUGAUGAGAAAUCAAGAGACAGAGGUAGAAGUAAAAAAAAAAGAAAAUUAAAAAGAAAAAAAAA